GCCCGCCGGGAAGGGGCGUGACCGCGCGCGCGCGAUUUGCUGUUCCCGCCCCCCCAGUUCUCGGCGACGUGUCCUUCGGGGCGGCACAACCGGUAAUCAUGGAUCAGGUAAUGCAAUUCGUGGAACCCAGCCGUCAGUUUGUGAAAGACUCCAUACGACUUGUUAAAAGAUGCACCAAGCCUGACAGGAAAGAGUUCCAGAAGAUUGCGAUGGCAACAGCAAUAGGCUUUGCGAUAAUGGGAUUUAUUGGUUUCUUUGUCAAAUUGAUUCAUAUCCCAAUCAACAAUAUCAUUGUAGGCGGCUGAACAUUCAUCACCAAGAACAAGACGAUGUGACAGUUGCUGCAAAGAUUUCAUUGCUUUAACUUGUUUACUAUUAAAUGAGCUCAGUUUGGGUUUUCAAA